AUGGGGUUCUUCAAAUUGACACGAUUAUUGAUGCUAAUGUGUGCCUUCUUGCCUCCAUCCGCACCGGAUCCCAAUGAUGAAUCUUGUUUGACCAAAUUCUUUGAAUCUAUGGAAGACCCGAACCACAACCUCAUGAAUUGGACCAAACCCACCUUCGCAAAUCCAUGUUCUGGCUUCUUCUCCAACCUCGUCGGCGCCACCUGCAACAAUGGCCGCAUCUAUAAGCUCUCCCUGCCCAAUCUUGACCUUCGUGGUUCAAUCUCACCCUAUCUCUCCAAUUGCACAAAUCUCCAGUCACUUGACCUCUCAAACAAUUCCUUCACCGGAUUCAUCCCCACCGAACUCCAGUACCUGCUCAACCUCGCCGUCCUCAACCUCUCCGCCAACCGCCUCUCAGCCACUAUCCCACCGUCCCUCGCCAUGUGCGCUUACCUCAAUGUCAUUGACUUACACCACAACACACUCACGGGCUCAAUCCCACCUCAGCUCGGUUCCUUGGUGCGGUUAUCGGUUUUUGAUGUUUCCGAUAACAAAUUAUCGGGCCCUAUCCCGGCGAGCCUCGGCAACCGCACGGGAAACCUGCCCCGUUUCAAUGCCAGCUCGUAUUCAGGUAACAAGGAUCUUUACGGGUACCCGUUGGGUCCGAUGAGGAGUAAAGGGCUAUCGGUGGUGGUGAUUGUGGGAAUCGGGUUGGGGAGUGGAUUGUUGAGUUUGGUGUUGAGUUUUACGGUGGUGUGUGUUUGGUUGAGAGUAACGGAGAAUAGGAUGGCUGCCGAGCAAGAAGGCAAAAUCACUCAAUUGAUGCCUGAAUAUUGAUGGAUGAAUUUUGGGGGAAAUCUCUGCAAAAUUUGAAGAUGGUGUGGUUUUCUUGUUUGAAU